CCGGGGCGGGGGUGGGGUGCGCGAGGGCUCGGGGAUGAGUUUGGUGGGGGGCUUCCCCCACCACUCCGUGGUGCACCAUGAAGGCUACCCCUUCGCCGCCGCCGCCGCCGCCAGCCGCUGCGGCCACGAGGAGAACCCCUACUUCCACGGCUGGCUCAUCAGCAGCCACCCGGAGAUGUCGCCCCCCGACUACAGCAUGGCCCUGUCCUACAGCCCCGAGUACGCCAGCGGCGCGCCGGGCAUCGACCACUCCCACUACGGCGGGGGGCCGCCGGGCAGCGGGCCGCCCGGGCUCGGGGGGCCGCGGCCCGUGAAGCGCCGGGGCACGGCUAACCGCAAGGAGAGGCGCAGGACUCAGAGCAUCAACAGCGCCUUCGCCGAGCUGCGGGAGUGCAUCCCCAACGUGCCUGCCGACACCAAGCUGUCCAAGAUCAAAACCCUCCGCCUGGCCACCAGCUACAUCGCCUACCUCAUGGACCUGCUAGCCAAGGACGAUCAGAACGGGGAGGCGGAGGCCUUCAAGGCAGAGAUCAAGAAGACAGACGUGAAGGAGGAGAAGAGGAAGAAAGAGCUGAAUGAAAUAUUGAAAAGCACAGUUAGCAGCAACGAUAAGAAAACCAAAGGGAGGACUGGCUGGCCGCAACAUGUCUGGGCUUUGGAGCUCAAGCAGUGAGUGCUGCAAGACUGAAGAACUCAAGGAAAUCUCCUAGACUCAUUAGAGAGAUUUGAUCUGAGGGGACUUUUUGUAUUUGGAAUCAUCCAGUUUAUUUAUGUGCAAUUUCUCCCCCACCCCCCAAAAUGUGGAUAUUCGAAGAAAAGCAUUCCAUAUUUUAAUAUGAAGAGGAAACUCCAACUUGGUAAGGGGUAAUGUCGUCUCAAUAGUUUCGUGAAUGUUAUUUCUCUGUUUGUAUAGAACGCACGGGGAAAAAUAGAAAAGAAAGGGGGGGAAGACUCCCUGGCAUUAGUGUGUAUGUGAAGUGUAUCUUUAAUACAUGGCCUUUUGGAUAUAAAUAUUCAUGGGAUUAUAAAAUUAUAUUUCAACAGAAACAGUUGCACCAAUGUUUCAGUUGGCUUGGUAUUUACUAUGGUAAUUUUGUUGUGGUCGUUCAGUAUUUGAAAAUGUUUUCAGCAGCUAUUUGUUAUGUGCACUUCCGUCCUUAAGGGGGGAAAAAGUGGAGUUUAAUUAAUAUUGAAGGUGUAAACGUUGUAAGUAUUCAAUAAACCACUGUGUGUGUUUUUUACAAAAAAA